UCAAGAUGGCAGAAAAGUGCAUUUUGCUGCUAGGGAAAAAUGUUUAUAGAUUUUAUCUUUAAAAGAUAUUACUUUGUCAGAGAUAAUAUGGCAGUCUUAAAAGGUGUUCAGAAAUGUGUCCACCGUGUAUCACAUUUUCUCCAUAAUGUUUAAUAGUGCGAGAAACAGAGAAUUAAAUCAAAAACAGUUUAUUGCGAAAGAAGAAGUGAUUUUCUGUCCGACACAGAUUUCUGGAGAUUUUCCCAUGAAGCGUUACAACCAACAAACUCCCGACUUUCCUGUUAGCCAUCUUGCAGAGAAGCUACCUAUUCACUACCGUAGUAACAAUAAGUCGAAGCAGCAACAAAUAGUUCCAGUUUCAGCUGCCAAUGUGCAUGAUCUCUCGCAUGUUCCAGUUGACUUAUUGUCCGGCGACGAUGAAGAUGGCCGCCACUCUAGAAGCUCCCUCUUCUCACCAAAACAACAAAAAACACCCGCAUUUCUACCAGGGGACAGAGUGAUAUUUGCUGAGAGCCCCUCAGCCCCAGGAAUCCCUGUAGUUUAUAGAACACCAGAGGAACGGUCUUCCAAUCCCGACAGACUUAAUCUUGACAGACGGAAGUUGACAGUAUGUCCAAUCUUAGAGGGGGAGGAGCAGUUGCGUCUGCUAAACUACCAGCACAAUCAGAUCACAAAGAUCCAACAUCUCGGCAGCCUGAAAAGACUUAUCUUCUUGGACCUGUACGACAAUCAAAUAGAGGAAAUAUCUGGCCUUGGUUCACUUAAGUCACUUAGGGUACUCAUGUUGGGUAAAAAUAAGUUGAAGAAAAUAGAGAAUUUAGAGGCUUUACAAAAACUAGAUGUUUUAGAUCUGCAUGGAAAUCAGAUAUCAUGCAUAGAGAACUUGAACCACUUGUCAGAGUUACGAGUGUUGAAUCUUGCCGGGAACCAGAUUAGUCAUGUUAGCGGGCUCACAGGGAUGGACUCGCUAGCGGAGCUUAACUUGCGGCGGAACAAGAUUCGUACAGUUGUAGAGGUGGACUCUCUAAGUAGUCUUCAACGUCUGUUCCUCAGCUACAAUGAUAUUCAAAGUUUUGAAGACAUAUCAUGCCUCGGGGACUCGACAAGUCUGUCAGAGAUCUCACUGGAUGGGAAUCCCUUGACGUCCGAACAGUAUUACAAACAGAUAGUGCUAAGACAUAUGCAGCAACUAAAACAGCUGGAUAUGAAACGUGUCUCGGAGGAAGAGCGGAGGAUUGCGCUUGUCAUGGCUCGCAAAGAGGAAGAGAAGAAAAAAGAAAUGAACAAGCUCUCUGUGAUGAAGGUGUACAUGCAGCCUUUUAUGGGUAAAACUUUAGGACAGAAGGAGAAGAGACGUCUUGCCAUCAACAAUGCAAAGAGACAGUGGGAGGUCAUGCAGGGGUCAUUGAUUCAGAAGACCUCAAAGAUGACACGAACCCCAGAACUAUACGCAAACCAUAUUGGGUCAAUACCAAACUCGGAGGUGGUGACACCAGAUAAUGAUGGAGAAGAGAGUCGAGAUGAGUCAGAGUCAAUUACCAGCAAACAAAGUAGCCGUGCAAACAGCCGACCAGGAAGUGCGCACAGUAUGACACUGGAUGGGGGUGACGCAAGGGAGAGACCGAGAACCGCUAGUCAACAAGCCAGACGCCCUGAAGCAAAACAACCAGGCUUGUACAAGGAAACCAUGAUGUUUGGGACGGACAAUAAAGCUUCCAACUUAAACAAUCUGGCAGACUUGGAGGGUGAUACAUUAACCCUGUAUGGGCCUCCAUCUCUUGAGGCCCUGGACAGGAACUGGGGUAUGCAGGCAGCAGGGGCAGUAACUGUGAUCAUAUUUAAAUUUAUAGACUUUGAGGAAAUUAGUAAACAUCUACAAAAAAUCAGGACAAGAUUUCCUGCAACACAGACUCUGGUGUUCAGUUCAACAAAUAUUUGCAGUUUUGUACAGAUAAAUGCACUAACAAAUGUUCGACGAUUAGACAAUCUCGUUAUAGAACUAGAAGGCAACCCAAUAACAAGGUUUACACUGUGGAAAAGUUAUAUUCUCUUCAGACUGGCCCAUUUUGCUCUGAAGCGAAUCAAUAAUGUAGAGGUGACAGCAUUAGAUAUAAUGAAUGCUGAAAAACUGUUUGGUGCCAUAUCUAAUUUAACAACGUCUCAGCUACCUCAUACUAGACUUCUCUCGUUGCUAGGGGAAACAAGGCGGAAACAGUUGUUAACGAUGAGUGAGGAGAAAUCACGUAAAAUUCUGGAUGGAACGAUGAAAAUAGAUAAAACCCAGGGCGAGUUUGUUGGUCGUGCAGGACUUACAUAUCAGCAAGACUUAAACAGGCAGCAGGACUUACAAGGAAAACGGACAUUUGCAAGAAGUUAUAUAAAUGAAAUGACAAAAGAGGCCAUAUUUGUAGACAGAAAACGAAAUGAACUGAACAAAAUUUGGCCUCAGAUAUUCUAUGAAAUGGUUUACUCUGCCGUAUCAGACAUGUCAGACUCCUCUAGUUAUAUGAAAAAAUGUAUGGAAGAUUUAGAUAAAAGUUAGCAUUAGCUGUGAACCAGUCUUGGACUGGUACUCCAUAAUGUAAUCUAUGAACCAGUCAAAAUUUUUGACUGGUACCCAGAAAUACUUCACUGGUACAGUGCAAACUUGAUAGGAACAAGGGAACCAGGAUCAACAAGGCGAGACUGGAUACAAUGUGACAAUGAAAAAACAAUGAAAAGAUGGAGGUUUUCAGAAAACCAGGGUCAGAUACUUGCUGUUUCACUGUAGCAUGUGUUUUGGGGUGAAGUUUUUUUGAAAAUACACAAAAUGUGAAUGUAUAACUAGUCCCAAUUCUUGUGACUGUUCUUAAAAAGUGUUAUACCAGUAUAUACAAUAUAUCACAGUAGUUUGGUAUAUGUUCAUGGGUUUGGUAUAGUUUGUUACACUACUGUAGCACUACCAAGCAUGUUGGUGUUCUGAAAUGUAUAUUUUGUUUUGAAUAAACUGUCUUAUCUGUAUUUUCAAGGGUGUUUAAGAACACAACUCGUUAGAAUGAGUCUUUGGAAAUACUUUAAAGUUGUGAAAAAAUUACUACAAUUACUUGCCUGUAAGACAAGUUUGUCUAAUAAGUGAGUCAGUGUCAUUGACCUAGAGUAUUUGUAAAAGAGUCUGCAAAAUACAGCCAAUUUUGAAGUAAUCAAAGGAUCUGUCUUAUAAAUGGAACAUCUUAAGAUUAGUAAAUAUGGUAUGACAAUGAAAGAAAAUAUUGGUAUGGAUAUGAUAUGGAAGAAACUGGUAGUUUUUUUGUUUUUUUAAUCUAAAUUUAAACCUAAUGGUGACCAUCACUGUUUCUCCCUUAUAUAAGCACCACCUUUUAUGGAAAAUCUAUAAAUCAAAAAUAAGAUUAUUAUUAUCAUGUAUUAGGUCAAAAUGAAGUUUUAAUGUUACCUACUUUCGAUUUUACAUAACAUGAUUUUUUCAUAGAUGCCAUGUUGGGUGUUGACUAUAUACGGAGAAAAGAUGACUAUACUAUGCCUUAAAUGGCUGCCUUUUAAUUGCUUAGGUAUUUAUCCAAAUAGCUGUUUCUGUUUUGUCUGUAGCUUGAUUGUUCUAAUUCAUUUCCAUCAGUUUUAAUGUUUCACCAAGCUCUAUAUAUUAAUAGUAGGGGCCUCCAUAGCCAGGUGGUUAAGGUCACUGACUUCAAAUCACUUGUCCCUCAUCUAUGUGGGUUCAAGCCUCACAUGUGAGGAAGCCAUCCAGCUGGCUUACGGAAGGUCGGUGGUUCUACCCAGGUGCCCGCUCAUGUUGAAAUAAUGCAUGGAGGGGCACCUGGGGUCUUCCUCUACCAUCAAAGCUGGGAAGUCGCCAUAUGACCUAAUAUGAAAUUAGGUGCUACCUAAAAGGCAGAGCUCCCAUGAAAAAUCACCAGUGCCCGUUAAAAAUUAAAGGAGUGGUGCUGGAAUUAUGGAUUCGUUUAGGAAGAUUAUGUUCUAUUAGAUCUAUUAAAAUUAUAAGUAUUAAUGAUAAUUCAUGAUUUCUGAAUGCAUGUUUUAGACUGCAUCAAGAUUAAUUCUCGACAUGUGAAAACUUCAAAAAAAUUCUGUAUAUAAUCAAAAGAAAGUUCGGUAUAGAUUAACAUCUGCACCAAGAUAAAGAAAAAAAAACGUAUUUGAAUAAUUUCUGUUAUUCUUAUUAAAACUUUUUAAAGUUAUGUCUACUGACUACUACACAGGCACUGCAUUGGAACCUGACAUCAAAAUUAUAAACAUUUGUUAAUUUUUACAUGUAUGACUUUAGUUAUACAAUAUUUUUAAAACUUAAAAUUAUACAAAAAAAAAAGACUGAAAUAAAAAAGGAAUUAAAAAAAAAAUCUGGAUCAGGUGAGGUUCGAACUCACGACCUCUGGAUUUCAACGCGAACUCGCUAACCACUACACCACUGUUGAGUUAUGACGUCAUCUGGACAAACAUAAGUAUUUAUUGUAAAGUUCAGUAAUGGCAGCGUGACGAAAGUCGUUUCAAAAUGAAAUUAUUGUAUUUUGUUUCUUUUUUCUUCGUAGAAAAUGUAUUUAGCACUAAUUUCUUAUUAUCGAACGCUCAUUUAUAUUUUUAUUCAAUAUUCAAAGCAGUAAGCGAGACGCUUUUGUCAACCGUAAACAGUAAGCGUCUACUGACGUCUUUACUGAUUAAUUACUAUGUACAUAGAUCACAUGAAAAAAUCCGAACAACACCGAUUCCAGAAAAUACCACGAAUUUUCAACUCGAUAGUAUACACAGUUAGAUCUCUCUAUUCAUUUUCUUUUUCACACGUCUAACUGUAAUGCGACGCUGUCGGCGCCGCUUUGCGGCGCCGGUAGCUCUGCUAUAAUUAUUAUGUCAUACGUUAAAAAAUUACAUAAAUGUGGAGACACGCCCCUUUAAAAUUUUACAGUCAGGUAGAUUUUUAUGGUAUGAGGUGGUAGCAUUUUAGCCAAUUUACAGGCCACAAAUACAUCCUGUAGUUCCAUUUUCAGUAAAUAUCUUGUCUGUUUUCAUACCAUACAACAAAAUAUAACAUACAAGAUGUGUGCUUGUGCUUAGUUUCAAAGUUUCUGUGGUGCUUUAUGAGUUAUACCAAUGAAAUUAUUAUUGUUUUUAAACGUAUUUAAGAGAAUCAACACCUUUCCAUUACGGUAAUGGACCUUUAAUGACAAUCACCAUUUUCCGUUUUGAUUACAUAUUCUCGGUAUGUGAUUUUGGCAUUCUGUGGUUGUUAUGAAAAGGAAUUUUCUAUUAUGACUGAAAGAUGCAGAAAUCGCAAGCAGAUAAUAUGAGAGAGUACGCUACUACAUGGGAAUUGCCGAUUUUUAGCUCGACUAUUCAAAGAAUAGUCUAGCUAUUCUACUCACCCUGGCGUCGGCGUCGGCGUCACACCUUGGUUAAGUUUUUGCAUGCAAGUACAUACAGCCAUCAAUUGAAGGCAUAUAGCUUUGAAACUUAUUUUUUCUUUUUCUAGGUCAAUUACCAACCUCUCUGGGUCAAGUCCCAUAACUCUGACAUGUAUUUUGAGCAAAUUAUGCCCCCUUUUGGACUUAGAAAAUUUUGGUUAAAGUUUUACAUGCAAGUUACUAUCUCCAAAACUAAUGCAGAUAUUGAUUUGAAACUUCACAUGUGUCUUCAGGGUUAUAAAACUAGUUGAUAGCAGCAAGUCCCAUAACUCUGACUUUCAUUUUGGCCAAAUUAUGCCUCUUUUGGACUUAGAAAAUUCUGGUUAAAGUUUUGCGUGCAAGUACAUACAGCUAUUUCUAAAAGGCAUAUAGAUUUGAAACUUAUUUUUUCUUUUUCUAGAUCAAUUACCAACCUCACUGGGUCAAGACCCAUAACUCUGACAUGUAUUUUGAGCAAAUUAUGCCCCCUUUUAGACUUAGAAAAUUUUGGUUAAAGUUUUACAUGCAAGUUACUAUCUCCAAAACUAAUGCAGAUAUUGAUUUGAAACUCCACAUGUGUCUUCGGGGUUAUAAAUCUAGUUGAUAGCAGCAAGUCCCAUAACUCUGACCUUCAUUUUGGCCAAAUUAUGCCCCCUUUUGGACUUAGAAAAUUCUGGUUAAAUUUUUGCGUGCAAGUACAUACAGCUAUUUCUAAAAGGCAUAUAGAUUUGAAACUUAUUUUUUCUUUUUCUAGAUCAAUUACCAACCUCACUGGGUCAAAUCCCAUAACUCUGACAUGUUUUUUGAGCAAAUUAUGCCCCCUUUUGGACUUAGAAAAUUUUGAUUAAAGUUUUACAUGCAAGUUAUUAUCUCCAAAACUAAUGCAGAUAUUGAUUUGAAACUUCACAUGUGUCUUCGGGGUUAUAAAACUAGUUGAUAGCAGCAAGUCCCAUAACUCUGACCUUCAUUUUGGCCAAAUUAUGUCCCCUUUUGGACUUAGCAAAUUCUGGUUAAAGUUUUGCGUGCAAGUACAUACAGCUAUUACUAAAAGGCAUAUAGAUUUGAAACUUAUUUUUUCUUUUUCUAGAUCAAUUACUAACCUCACUGGAUCAAGUCCAAUAACUCUGGCAUGUAUUUUGGGCAAAUUAUGCCCCCUUUAGGACUUUGAAAAUUUUGGUUAAAGUUUUACAUGCAAGUUUCUAUCUCCAAAACUAAUGCAGAUAUUGAAUUGAAACUUCACAUGUGCCUUCGGGGUUAUAAAACUAGUUGAUAGCAGCAAGUCCCAUAACUGAUAUGCAUUUUGGUCAAAUUAUUCCCCCUUUUGAACUUAAAACUCUUUUGAUAUUUAACCUUUUUGGGUAAUAUUUUCCAGCUUCUGGGACAAUAUUUCGAAUAGUCGAGCUUGGCUGUCUUACGGACAGCUCUUGUUAAUUACAUGCUCACUACCUGAAACUAACGGAACUUAAUUAUUUUGCAGUAUGCUGUCAGGGUUUCACUUUUUGAGCUGAUCGUUACUUCAUUGGCUGUACUAUGAUCAUGAAAUGAAAUUGGAUACUUUGAUUCUGUGUGAUCCACCUAAUCAGUAACAUGUUGUUUUUUUGUGUUUUUUUUCAUGAAUUGCUGCUUUAUUUUGCAAGUUCCAAAUAUAAACUACCACACAGUUCUAAAGGUCUCUGAGAGUGGAAGUAGGAUCUUUUUGAAUAUUAACAUAUUUUUAAUAAUGUCAAUUUUAUGAUCAAAAAUUUAUUUUUUCCAUUGUGUUAAUUUAACGUGUGAUGGUCAUCUUGUCUGAAGAAUAGAGAGGUCCAGAAGGAUGCCUAUUUUCUGAGCAAACUUCUCCCAUAAUGGAAUUUUGAAGAAAUCUUGUAAUGUUUAAAUUCAAUAAGUUACUACUUUCAGAAAAUAAAAAAAAAUCACUUUGUGAUCAAAUAUCUGUUUUAUUCAUGAAUAUUACGCGCAUGUCUUGUUUGUGAACUUUGAAAUAGACAGUUGAAGCUAAUUCAGUGCCAUUUAUAUACUGUAUUAUUUCUAAGAAAAAAAGUCAGGGUAAAUUUAUUUGUAUGCUUGAUGCUUUAAAGUGCUUAUUUACAGUAUUCAGAUUAUUCAGGCCUCCUAGUGAAACCUUUAAAACUUUAAAAACCUUUAAUUUCAGAGCAAACCUUUAAAACCUUUAAAUCUUCUGAAAAAACCUUUAAAACGGCCAAGUAGCCUGUAAUUUUCACACAAAACCAAUAUUUUUGUUCAGACUGCUUGCCGUGCCAGUUUAAAGCAAGUAAUGGUUAUACUACUGUAUUUCUUCCCCCCUUUUAAGUGUUGUUAUUAGGAUACUGCUUGUGUAUCAUUCAUCUUGAGUUUUUCAGAAUGCUGUUGUGUUCACCAGACCACAUACAUGUAGAUGUUUUUAGUAAAUACCUAUAUAUAUUAUGUGUUUUCAACGAGAAUUCCGAUAAAAAUAGCCUUUAUUUACUCUUUAUUUUUUAAUAUUUUACACUAAAAGGCCUUUAUUUCCAUAGAUUGGAGCCUUUAUAAAAACCUUUAUUUUUGUUCAGGCCUGCUAGGAGGCCUGGAUUAUUUCUUCCGCUUAAUUGGAAUAUGUCAAGGUAUGGAGAAUGAGUUCAGCUUCAGACAAAUUUGUCCAGAACAGGUCAAUGAACAUUUGGGUUUGACUCAGAAUAAAUGGGGCCAUACCAAAACUCAUUACCUGUUUAUAUGGAAAGAUUUUCUGGCGAAGCAUUUAAAUAGAACUUGCUCAGUUUAACUGUUCUUCUUGACAGUUUGAUUGUCUUUAUAUAUCUGUUUCUGUUACGUUGAGAACAAGCAGGGAUAAUCUCCCUUGUCACCAUAUCAAUCACUGCUAUCUAGAAAACAGCAUGUCCAUGGAAAUCACAAGACUGUUACAAAAUUUCAAAUAUUGUUUUCUCAUUUUCGAUAUUAUUUUUUUCGUUGCAUCACUUCUGUUAGCAUUUAAUCCCUGAAAAAUACUGAAAAAUUGCAAUAACUGAAAAUCUAAAGUUAAAUGAAAAAGGUGUAAUUUAUCAAAAAUAUGAUAAAACUGUGUUUUGGUGGCAGAUAUCUCUGUACUGUAAGGGGCUGCAUUGGAGAUUGAAGAACAAGAUGCUACUGUUUGAAAUUAAGUACAGUCAAAACUUUGUUUAAGACUACCUGUGAAUAAAGACAAAACUGGCUGCAAAGACCGCUAGCUUCAUUUCUAGUUUAAAACAAUAACAGUGUAUAUCAACCUCUGAAUAAAGAACACUUGCAAAUAAGAGCCACUUCUUGGCUUAUGUAUGUGAUUAUUAUUAACAGGUAGUCUUUAUAGACAGCUGAUCUUUAUAAACAGUUGUCUUUAGACAGGUGAUUUUUAUAGAAAUGUGUUUUUAAGACUGGUUGUCUUUAUAGACUUGUGGCCUUUAUAGACAGGUGAUCUUUGUAGACAGAUUGUCUUCUUACAAAGGUUGUCUCUAAAGACUAGUUGUCUUUUAGAGAGAUCGUCUGUUGGUUGUCUUUUAGACAUGUUGUCUUUAUGGACUGGUCGUCUUUUAGACAUGUUGUCUUUAUAGACUGGUUGUCUUUUAGACAAAUUGUCUUUAUAGACUGGUUGUUUUUAUAGACAGGUUGUCUUUAUAGACUGGUUGUCUUUUAGACAUGUUGUCUUUAUAGACUGGUAGUUUUUAUAGACAGGUUGUCUUUAUAGACUGUAUAUAUAGAAAAAGGGAUAAGUGUUUGCUAAACUUUAAUCCAUUUGCUCACUACAGGUAAAUCUACACAUUUAGUACUUCAGAUUUCAGUUUUGAAUGUUUAUCUCCUUAAAUUUUGAUCCACCAUAGAUGUUAGAAGCAAAGAAUGGAAUCCACACCUAUACAUAUAAAGUCACAGCCUCUCUAUUAUGUCAUGACAUGAUUGGAACUUUAUGAACGUUUUGCAGAAUGUUUCAUUCAACCCAGAUAUUUUCGGUAUAACAUUUUUCUAUCAGCUUUCAGAUAUUGUACACAAACUGUAUUGUGAUAUUAUUUAAUUUUAUGAUUAUAUUAAUGAUUAUGUUUUUGCAGAAAAAAUGUUGAAAUAUAUCUUUUUUAAUAAAAAAUUUGCAACUUAUAAGUA